AUGGUGAGAUUCCCCUAUCGUUCGAGAAGCUUGCAAAACUUCCACGGGUGGCCAGAUGCACUUCUGGCAUUAUCUCAAAGUACCGCAAUGAUGAAGUCAUCAAAUGGCCUUACGGUGGCCCCAACGAGGAUCGGAAUCACGAAAUCGAAUGUCGGAUAUACAAACACCUCGGCCAGCAUCCUCAAAUUUCAGAACGUUCUUCAAGCAGACAUUAGGUCUCAAAAUCUAUUAGACAUGAAUGAUGACCUGAAAUUCACCGAUUUUGCGGGAUCGUCAAUUGAUGGCGAGGAUGCAUAUGUCAGUGCAAGUGCUCGUGCUCAUGGAAGAUCUUUAUGCAGCUGGCAAUUCCCUGAUACUCGACAUUUGAUACUCGGACCAGUGAUUAAGAAAUGCUGGAAAAUGCAGUAUGAAGAUGUGGCGGAGGUUUUGGAUGAUCUUCGAUAUCUAAAGGAGCGUCCCUCAUAA